AUGGAUCCUUCUCUGUUGCUGGCCAUCCUUUGCUUGGGAAUGGCUUCAGCUGCUCCAAUAUUGGAUCACAGUUUGGACACACAGUGGAUAGAGUGGAAGACAAAAUAUGGCAAAAGCUACAGCUUGGAUGAAGAGGGACGGAGAAGAGUAAUAUGGGAGGAGAACAUGAAAAUGAUUGAAGUGCACAAUGAGGAAGAGCGCCAAGGGAAACAUGGCUACACCCUGGAAAUGAACGCCUUUGGAGACAUGACCAUUGAAGACUUCCAUGGAACUGAGUUUCAGCCUGAUACGCACAAUGAACAACAAAUGUAUCCAGAUCUUCAAAUUGGUGAGCUGCCCCCAUCUGUGGACUGGAGAGAGAAAGGCUAUGUGACCCCUGUGAAGGAUCAGGGUGAAUGUAAUUCUUGUUGGGCUUUUGGCACAACUGGUACUCUAGAGGGACAGAUGUUCAAGAAAACUGGUAGACUGGUCUCCCUCAGUGAGCAGAACCUAGUGGACUGUUCUCGUCCUCAACGAAAUGCUGGCUGCAGUGGUGGGCGACCAGAUGCUGCUUUCCAAUAUGUUGAGACCAACGGAGGCCUGGCCUCAGAGGAAUCCUACCCCUAUGAAGCAACGGAUGGACCCUGCAGAUACAAACCUGAGAAUUCUGCUGCUAAUGUCACUGGAUAUGUAACUCUUCCCCCAAAUGAGCAGGCCCUUAUGAGGGCUGUGGCCACUGUGGGUCCCAUUGCUGCUGCUAUUCACUCAAGCCAUAGUUCCUUCAAGUUUUAUAAAGGAGGCAUUUAUCAUCAUCCAAACUGCAGCAAGGCCCUGAAUCAUGCUGUUCUUGUGGUUGGCUAUGGAUAUGAAGGAGAAGAAUCAGAAAACAACAAAUACUGGCUGGUCAAGAACAGCUAUGGCAAAGACUGGGGCAUGAACGGCUAUGUAAAGAUGGCCCGGGACAGAAACAACCAGUGUGGAAUUGCCUCCUGGACUCUCUAUCCUGUUGUGUGA